AUGAAUCGCGAGUCAGAGAACGAAUUCAUUGACCAACCCCAAGGAGCAAGAACACCCAGAGCUCCCGUUGGUGUUUCAGUAAAUACUGCGCGUUUUCCAAUCCGUUCAAACGUUAUCCAGAGCUAUCACAAGUUAUUUCAUGAGAACGAAACCAUGGGUUACACGGCCAUUAAAAUUGCACUCAUUCCAUGGUCAGUGGAUUGUGUGCUGAACGCUGACGAUAAUCCGGCAGACCCGGUGGAGAAGAACGAGGUAGUUGAAGAGCAUGAGGAGUCCGCACCCGCUGAGUUUCGGUACCGAUUGGCAGCUCCGUGGGAUUUCAAUCCACCUAAAACACUCAAGUUGGUUGUUGAAGACUCCUCGGCAACAUCAGUUGUCGGUGUGGUCGACUCCACCACCAAAGGAGUAGACAGGUUUUCGCUGAACCCCAUAUCCUUGUCUGGGAAACAAUCCAUUCGGCUUGGACGCGUCAUUGUGGAGCUCGUGGUAGUCACUAGUUGA